GGCUGGGUAUUUCCUUUUAAUUUAUCUCGUACAUGUAUAGACCGCCAUUGGCAGGAAAUCAGAGAUACAUAUAAGAAUGGACCACAUUCCCCGUCUAUCAGAGGUCCUUUAUGUCGGUCUGUGUCGUAAGAUAGGGACAGCGACAGAAGUGGCCAUCAAAAGGGACGUGAUGGACAUGGAGGACAUGAUAAAGAAACCUGUUUAUAAUCAUGUAGGAUGUACUGAGAUGAAGAGUGGGAGCUAUAGAGAGGGAUUUAGAUUGACAUCAUCUGACAUAGAUCAAAUGCUCUGGUUGUGUAAUUAUAAAUUAAUAACUGAUAUUUCCCAGUCUUGGCUUUAUAAUACAACAAAACAUAUAUUUGUGCUAAUGGAAGAUUCUGAUACACCGCCAGGAUUUGUCAGAUUACGCCUCCUGACACCAACACGAGACAACAUCACGACAUCUUGUCUAGUUCUCUGUAAUGAUGGCAGUUAUAUAUCUAGUCGUCAGUGGAGAGAAACUUAUUUUGAAUUCCUGAAUCAGAAAAGUCACAACAUUGAAACUUUAAACAUUCAUGGUCCUUGCAGUAGUGGUUUCCAUCGAUCUGUCGAAUUCGACGAAGUUUUGUGUUUAGCCUCUUUUCCAUGGCCAAAACUAUUAGGAAAUUUGAUUGACAGAGGACAUACCUGGCCGUCUGCAUCUGUGUUGGUAAAAAUUCUAAAAAAUAAAUGUCACUGUGUGCCUAUCGGAAGUAAAGUUGGGUCGCCUCAUAACGAACUGGAAUGGAGAUUAUCGUUUUCCCAAGCCGAACAACAACUAGUAUGUAGCAUGAAUCAUACACAAUUUUUAUGCUACGGACUUUUGAAAAUAUUUUUGAAGGACGUCAUCAAUUUUAGCGAGGUUCCAUUACUCUGUUCAUAUUUCAUGAAAACCACAAUGUUCUGGAUGAUUCAAUUAGGUCACAUUAAAUGGUUCCCAAACAACUUACUAGAUUGCUUUUGGAGGUGUUUCAAAUAUCUCAUACAUUGUGUUUAUCGAGAAGAUUUUCCAAACUUUUUUAUUCCACAGAACAACAUGUUUAUGAACAAAAUUGUUGGUGAUGCACGUGAAUCUCUUUUACAACAGCUUUAUCAGCAUUACAGAAUGGGCGUGUCAUGUUUACUGCUGAGUCCGACACUCAGAUCAAUCCUAGAACCAGCUCUCAGUAGCCCGUCUUUAGAAAUACCUGCUGCUGAGGGAGAUUUUAUGAGUGUUGUAGAUUUAGAUUUUUGUGGCAUGACUGAAAUAUCUAAAUUAUUUUUUUCUGUUCAUCACAUAUUGGUUUCUUAUCUUUAUCUAAAAUCAAUUGACACACUAUCCCGGUUAUCACUCUCACCACAUCAGUUGUUAACAUUACAGUACAGUACUGCUCAGACACUUGUUCGUUUAGCUUUCAUAAUGACGAACAAUACUUCAUGUUGCACACAUAAAAACAUCUAUAACUUAGAUAUGAUAAUCUGUGGCAUGUUAAAAAUGGCAGCAAGAUUAGGUCAUGUGUCUUAUUUACUUUAUCUUGGAUUGUAUUAUUACAGAACAGGAAGAUAUAAAAAGACACUACACAUCACUUGUAUCACGAAACAAGGACUAUCACAGUCCUUUCUUAUGUAUAAUGAAACUGUUGAUAGACAAAGGUACAAUGAAGUUGUAGGUAAUCUGCCAUUGUCUCGAAGAAUGAAGAUAGCCUGGGUAUACCAUGUGUUUUUAUUUAAAAAUAUCCCCUGUAUUGAAGAAUUAUGUUUCGAACAGUUGGUGAAUCAACAAAAAGGAGGGCCGUUCCUAGUUGUAUCACCAUUUGUUAUAGUAGAGAUGUUGUCUGUGUUAUCUCACUACAGACUAGGUAACAGAUCUCCGUGUUUACAGUCACUGACAGACCUACAGACAUUGAUGCUCUACGAUGAUGGGACAUAUGCGCCUUUGGAACUCAGAGACCUAUCCUGGCAGAUACUAGGAAUCUGUCAGCAUGUUGUGGGAGACUUACACGGGGCGUUACGGUCUUUUGAAGAUUCGCUCAAACAGGAACCAUUCCAUAGAAUAAAAGAAGCUACAGAUUUUAGAAUAAAAUGUGUUAAACAACAAUUACAAAGAAAUGGACAGUUGUAAAGAUUGAUAUUUCGAUGUUUCUAUCUUAAUUUAAGGAACUGAAGACCAGGAAGUGGCAUUUGUACCAUGAAAUUUUAAAGAACACUGAUAAAACUUAACUGUUUAAAGAUAAUUUGCCCUCAAAUUAAAGUAGACUGGUAAUCUGAUAUAAUGAUAUGUUUAUAUUUUGAAAAAAAUCUUCCAAAAACAAUAAAAGGACAAAAGAAUUCUGUAUUCUCAUCAAUUUUUUUUCAUUACUAUUUCAUAUGAUUAUAAUAAUAACUUUCUUUAAUCAUUCUCUUAA